ACAAUCUUUAAUGAAAUACAAGAAAGAUUCUUGGAAAGAAGACCAAGUUUCAGGAGAGGAAAGAAGAGUAAAAAGACUAAGAGAAGAAGAAAAGAAGAUUUUUAUAUCCAGAAUAUGGAAAAAAGAGAACUUGAGCAGACUGAUCAAGACCCCGAAACAAAGAAACAGAAAGAAAACUUAAG